UUCUCCAUUUGCGGAUAUUUCAAUCUUGUUUGUAUGCUCCCCCCUUAUAUUAAUAUAUCAUCACACAACAAAGAUUCUUUUUUAUCCAUUAAUGGAAGAUAAUCAGCUAAGCAGAUUCAGAAAAAUUUGUGUCUUUUGCGGAAGCCACUCUGGUCACAGAGAAGUUUUCAGUGAUGCUGCUAUCGAACUCGGCAAUGAACUCGUGAAGAGGAAGAUAGACUUGGUUUAUGGUGGAGGAAGUGUUGGGUUGAUGGGUUUGAUAUCCAGGAGAGUCUAUGAAGGUGGUUUCCAUGUACUCGGGAUCAUUCCCAAAGCUUUGAUGCCUAUUGAGAUAUCUGGUGAGACUGUGGGAGAUGUAAGAGUUGUUGCAGACAUGCACGAGCGAAAGGCUGCAAUGGCACAAGAAGCUGAGGCCUUCAUUGCACUCCCUGGAGGUUAUGGAACAAUGGAGGAGUUGCUGGAGAUGAUAACAUGGUCACAACUUGGUAUCCAUAAGAAGACGGUUGGUCUAUUGAAUGUUGAUGGAUACUAUAACAAUUUGCUUGCUUUAUUUGACACUGGCGUCGAAGAAGGUUUCAUCAAGCCAGGUGCACGUAAUAUUGUGGUUUCUGCUCCAACAGCCAAAGAGCUUAUGGAGAAGAUGGAGGAAUAUACUCCUUCGCACAAGCACGUUGCAUCGCACGAAAGCUGGAAAGCCGACGAACAAGAAAACAAGCCGCAAUAAAAGCACUAUUAUUGUUAGCAAAUGCUACUUUCAUUUCAAGUUUUAGUCUCUAAAUUUAUUUGCAGAAGCCACAAUGUGUAUAAGAAAACUCAAAUCUUGUUGCAAAAUGAAACGGCACAUUGGGUCCCCAGUAUGAAAAUGUUGCUGAUAAUGUUA